AGAACUGACCCAAGUCUGUAAACCAGAGUAGGGUUUAGCUCCUUCGGCAUUCAGUGCCAAAACCCCUAUAUAGGUACCUAGUUGGAGUUCCUUCCAGUUCCACAUAGCAAAGCCAUGGCAUGGCGCUGCGGAUCGCUGUCGAGGUCGUUGAUCUCCGCCAUCAGAACCAUACCAAGCCGUUCUUCUGUCCCUCGCAUCCAUCGCCCUUCUUCUUCUCCUUCUCUUCGCCGCCCCCUCUUCACCCUCCCUAGGAAUGUCGGAGCACUUGGAUGUACGCAGUCGCUUAUGCCGCUGCACAGCGUCAACGCCGCCGCUCGCUUCACUUCCCACAUCUCCGUCGAAUCGCGCGCUUGCUGUGAAUUGUCUCAGGGUACUUGAAUGGACCAUAUGGAUUCGGCACCAAUUGUGCAUCACAUGAAUUUCUCCAAGUAUAUAGGUGGUGAUGGCUGAUGCUGUGUGAAGCAGGAAUCUUCUUUUUCAUUUAUUCAUUUCUCUUUCAGAAAACUGUUUGUGAGUUGUGACCUUGAUGGAUUCUACCAUAUACUUUGUUUUUUUGCUAUGUAUUAGAUUUUUCAUUAGAUGAUAUUUUCGUGGUCCAGAACUCAAAACGUAUUGAAAUUAAGUGGAUUUGUAGUUAGUUGCUAGCUUGGUGGUAUAUUGUUUGAGCAAAAUAAUUCAAGUAAGCUAAUCUUCUAGUAUAUCUUGUCCUUAUUUCUGUAACAAAUUCUAGUUAUGGUCUUGCUUGAAUAUGCUAGGAAGUGAUUUCCAUUUAUAAUGUUUAAUGCACAUUGGUUUCUGUUGA